GUUGGAAAGCAUGCGCAACCAUGAGCCCGCCAGAACUCACCGUUGGGUGAAAUCAACGCCAUGGUACAAAGCCUGAACUUCUCUAGUCUCGCCUCCAUAGGGAAAAUAGUACGAAGCCCGUCUCUUCUGAUCCCACAUCUUUCUGUACCUGAUAUUCGGUAUAUAAACUUUAUGGCCCUGAAGGCAGCUGGUAUUCGGGCGGUGGUGUUUGAUAAAGACAAUACCAUUACUGCCCCGUAUGUAGAACAGGUUCACCCUACUUUUGCGAAGUCUUGGGAAAGCUGCAAAGACACGUUUGGGCAGGACCGACUGCUUAUUGUUUCGAAUUCCGCUGGUACACCCGAUGACGUGGGUCAUAAGAAGGCUGCUACCGUGGAGGCCGCAUUGGGAAUUCCAGUUCUUCGACAUACAUUAAAGAAACCAGCCGGAGGGGAUGCGCUUUCAUCAUACUUCGGCUGCCCUUCUCAUUGCAUAGCAGUAGUCGGUGACCGUGCGUUCACUGACAUCGUUUACGGAAAUCUCAACGGCAUGCUCACUGUUCAUGUCACCAAGAUUGUGACUGAGGAAGGGGAUAACAAAAUCGCAGCGUUGAUUCGAAAAUUGGAGUACCCAUUGGUGAACUGGCUAAGACAAAGGGGGUUAUCACCUCCACACCAUCCGGCAUUUGAAAAGCAUAAUCCACAAGAUUUUGUGCUGGAAUCAUAGUAUUACAUUCAUGGUUAGAAACAACGUUAGUGGGAAGCAGCUGGAGACGGUAUAUGAAGAGGGGCAAACUCCACUCCCGCGUCAUAAUACCCGCCUGGGUAAUGUCCUUCGCACCUCGUCGUUACUGGAUUUCGAACUAUGUCCCAGAGGCGCAGGCACAUUAGGGCCAUUGACCAAAGGGAAGGGUCCGAACGACUGUGUGUAUAGGGAUCUAAGUGGAUAUGCGACAUUAAAAUUUGGCCAUUGCCUAAUGGACGCCCCGUGCCUGACUAGCAAUACACAGCCGCACUGAGAUUGAGUAUCUGACGUGCAGGUAUUUACAAUUCUGUUCCAUGUAAACAAGUGUGAAGACAGU